AUUCGUAAGAAAAUUGUACGCGAUACCGUUCAACCAGACAGCCGUCUCACUCAUUUGAAAGCCAACUCUUUUUGAUUAACUCUAUUAUGAAAAUAUGUCCUCUGUAAAGAACGUUAUUAUGCAAAGUAAUCUAUCUCCUAAAAAGGAAGAUAACAGUACGGUUAAAAAGUGUUUGGAUUAUAUAUGUAAGGAGAAGGAAAAGAUAUACGAAACACCUUAUGGCGUUACAAAGAAAAACUGCGAAGAAACGCUAGACGCUCUUAAGACUGAAAGUUUAAAAAAUUCUGUUAAGAAGAUUGUUGAUGAUUCAUGUAAAAAAGUUAAUGCUAGCGAUGAAGAACGAUUAAAGUCAGCGUUUGCUGAUUUUAUGGCACUGAUAAGCAGAAAAUUGGUUUGCGUUCAAAACAUACAAGGAGUAGCUAAUUUGGAAAAUAGUGUUACUGAUUUUAUGUCGAAAGUUGACUUGUCUUCUCGCUAUUUAAUCGAUAUACGAAAGCAACACGAAACAAUCGGCGAGAAUGUUCAAGUUGACCGAUUGAACACUUUUCUUCCACCGAAUGCUCAUGAUUGUAUCCAUUCCGUUUCGGAUGCUUGGAAUUGGAUUCAGAUACUAAUGGAAUGUGUUUCUAUCCAAUUAAAACACUCUUCCGAUUAUCACCAAUUCUUUCAUGAGAUUCAAGAGUCUGGACCAUAUUUUAAUAAAGAUUUAGAAAAACUUCUCGAAUGUAUGGAAUGUAAGAAUGUUUCAGGUGAUUUAGCAUACGCUAAAGAAUUAUGCGACGAUAUGAAAAAGAUAGUAGACGAUUUGAAAAGAUGGAGGAUAAAAAGUGUAAAUUGGCUUUCUAAAUCCCUUACCAUAGUCCCAAUUGAUCAAAGAGUAAAACCAAUAGUGGAAGGUAGACCAAUUCCUGGUAUUAUUUUAAGAAAGCAGGCAGAAAACACUGAUUUAAGAGAGAAUGAAGAUAUUCUAAUUGAGAAAAAUGAGGGUAACGAAUGGAAAAUAAAGAAUUGCAAGGGAGAAAGUUUUCUUGUUCCAAAUUGUUGCGUUACAAUACCAACUCCUUGCGACGAUGCUGUAGACGCUGCAACAUAUUUGCAAUUGAGACUAUUAGAAGCGUGGACAAUGGCAGUGAAGAAAGUUGGAAAGAGAGUUAUUGUAUUUCUAUUAGCCGUCCUAGCACCAGCAUAUACCGGUGAAGAGAUUGAAGCUAUGAGAAAGACAAACGAAAUUGAUAAAAAUCGAUUUGUUAAUUGUCUUGAUGGUGCUGAAGAUGAAUUAUCUGGAAUAUGGAAAGAUUAUAAUUAUUUUGUUCAACUACAAGAAAGAUUCCUCGCCGCUAAAAUGAUAAUGAAGGGCGGAGAAGAAAUUUCGACUGAAGAUGGCGACAGUCCCACAGCUCUAGUAGUUCAAACUCAGGCCAUUGAUAAUAUAAUUAAAGUCUAUAAGGAAUUAGUCGACGGUUGGAAAGCCUACGCUAUGACUGUUGAUGCUUCUAGACGACCAAAACUUAUGUUAGUUGUAGAUAGAUGGCAGCACUUCAAGUUUGUUACAUCGGAAUACGCAACAAAAUUUUGGCAUGCAAAUUUAGAUUUAACGGACGAAGAAAAGAGUAUUGCAGGCCUAAACAAGCGAUUAAGCAACCACAAUUCUAAUCAGGACAACAACGCCAACAACAAUAAUUACAAUAGUAAUAACAAUAAUAGCAAUGAUAAUAUUGUUAAUAAGUUGCAUGUGGCUAAUGAGGAAUCAAUUCAACCUGUUCAUGAAGAAAUGCUUAGUGCAGAAGUGGCUACUGACGUCAUGACUGAAGGACAAAUGGAUGAAGUAGAGAGUACAGAUUACGCAAUGGGCUCAGAAGUUAGAACGGCUGAGACUGAGCAGUUAGAUUCGAUUGAGGGUGAAGAACAAAAAACUUUCAUCAUCAGAAGCGUUUUCGAUCCGGAUGUUAAUGAGCAAAUUUCUUUACACGACGCAAUUAAAAAAGGCGUAAUCUGCCCUGAAAGAGGUGUCUAUAUUACAAAAGAAGGAAAGGAUAUUCCAAUUCCAGUAGCCAUGUCCGAUGGAAAAAUUAUUGUUGAAUUUCAAAAAACAAGAAGGGCAAAAGAGAAGAAAUCAACAUUGGGAAUAAUUACACUGAAAACGAUCAGGGAACGAGAUGCAAUUAUCGAGCAAGUAAAGGACGUUGAAGCUAAUCAGUUCUUUAAUAAACAAACGGCAAUUACAAGUGGUUUACUUAACGACCAAUUAGGAUUGUUCUUUAAUACUAAAACUGGGACAGAAUUAACAAUCAACGAAGCAGUUAAAGCCGGUUAUAUUGUUUUAUCGAAGCAGGAGCCGGAAGAAUCUGUAGAAGCAUACGCAGUUCGAGGAGUUGUAGAUAGAAAGAAGGUUAAAGUUAUUACAUUUUUCGAAGCUGUUCAAAAGGGAAUAAUUGAUAGAGAUAGCGGUUUGUUCUUGGAUACGAGUAAUGGAGACAAAUUAUACAUUGCCGAUGCUAUAGCCAGAGGAUUUCUGAAAGCUAGAAAAGUCGACGAUCCAAAUAGUUUAGACGUAGAUCCAUCCAAUAGAAUGGUUAUUGAUAAGACAAAUCUCAUAAAGAAAAAGUUAUUAGGCAGUCUAAAAGUAAUUAGCGCAUUCAAGUCGGGCAAUCAUUAA